AUGGCAAGCAGCAACGGCGUCUCGCUCCCUCCCGACGAGAAUAGGGGUCCCGAGAUCCUCGCUAUUUGCGGUACGCUGGUGGCUCUCUCUGUGCUCAUUGUAGGCUUGAGGAUAUGGGUCCGGGCUGGCAUGAUCGGGCAGGUCGGUAUCGACGACUGGACCAUCAUCGCUGCCACGACGGUCAUUUUUGUGGAGAUGAUGAUCAUCAUCCCGCAGGUUCACUAUGGAGCAGGACGACACGUCCAGUACAUCGAGCCCCCUUCCAACGUCACGAAGGGCCUUCAUCUCAACUUUGUCACCCAGCCGCUAUGCCUCAUUGCUCUUUGCCUGACCAAGGUAAGCGUGGGCUUCUUCCUGCUCCGCUUAACUCCAUCCAAGAGGUUCCGAAGAUUCGUGAUUGGCAUGAUCAUCUUUACUGUCCUAUCUGCAACCGGAAACUUCUGUAUGUCACCUUCCACCUUUCUUCCAUUCCUACAUACAUCGACAUGUGAAAGUCCCUACUUACAAUGUACCUAUCAAGUAACUGUCUUCUUCCAAUGCCAACCCCUCGCCUUUACCUGGGGGGGUGUCAGCGAAGGGAAAUGCAUGCCUCCUGAUAACCUCAAGUUUGCCGCCUUCUUCAAUUCAUCUGUUGCCGUUCUGAGCGAUAUCAUUUUCGCCCUUUUACCGGUCCCCAUGUUAUGGAAGGUGCAGCUCAACUGGAGAGUCAAGAGUGCCGUGGCGGCUAUCCUGGCCUUGGGUGUUUUCGCUGCUGUUGCUGCCAUUGUCAAGAUUACCUUCCUGGGGUCUUACGGAAAACACGGAGACUUCCUAUGGGACUCUGCGGACCUUACCAUCUGGUAUGUACCUACCCCGACGUGGCCAUACACGCAGCAUAUCCUUCUGCUGACCACCUCGUGCACGUCUCCAGGACAACAAUCGAGAUCUGCACCGCCAUCAUCGCCGCCAGCUUCCCAUGCCUCAAGCCCCUCUUCAAGACCUUGUUCGACGGCUCUUCAGCCCGCAUCAGCGGCUACGGCUCCGGCUACAAGGGCUACGUCCGCGACACCAACAACGGUACAAAGAGUGGCAACAGAAACACACUCCGGUCAAAGGGCACAGUCACGGUCACCGCAGGCGGCAACGAUACCGAGUUCGAGCUAUAUGGUGGCAAGAAGUUCUCCACGGAUGUCAAGGCUGGCAAUGCUUCCAGCACGAGCAUGGGUUCUGAAGCAAGCAUUCUCAAGGAAACCACCAAAGGGAACGGCAUCACCAAGACAACAUCGGUGUGUGUGUCUAGUGUCAGGGACGAGGAGACGGGCAGAUGAGCGUGGUGUCCCGCCUGGUUGA